CUGAGAGGGAGAGGGAGCUAGUUCAUUAAUUCAGAUAUGUCUUUUUCUCCUUAGUGAUGGGUCCAGCUGAAUGUUCUUCUCGGUGUCUUGCUACAGGCCAAGACCACAAUGGGUUUUGCAGUUCUUUCAGUGGUUUGGCUGCUGAUUAUAUCCUUAGUUUUUAGAGUCUCAGAUGCCAUUAGAACUCUAAAAGAAGGUCCAAUGAUUGAUGCUGAAGGAAGGGAAUAUAAAUCUGUUAGCCUGGAUGACUUCAGCAGACCAAACCCUGAUAGCAAAACUACUGUCCGAGUGGAGUGCACUGAGGUUUCCAUGAUCAUUUUCAUCCAGGCUGGCUUCUACAACAAUGGACGUCAAGUGUCCCCACAAGAGCUAUUUUUGGGAGAUGCCAAGUACUGGAAGGACAAACAGUGCCAGGCUGUUAAUGCUGGUGAUGGAGAAUAUGUUAUAGAAGCUGACCUACAGGACUGUGGCUCUAAAUUAAUGGUUACUGGCAUCAAUUUGAUCUACUCAAACAACUUGAUGGUUUCUCCAGCCGUUGGCUCCCUUGGCGUCACAAGGGCUACUGAGGCUGUUGUUCCAGUUUCUUGCCAUUACAAAAGAUGAUUGGUCAGGUGAGAAGUAUUCCAACACAGUUUACCUUGUUGGAAUACCUUGUUGUGACCCCCGGCACCUUGAGGUCUCGUAUACUGGUCUGGAGCAAAGGAAACUUUUCAUCAACUUCUGUGUUGUCACUCUGACGGCUGACUUUACAUCAGUACCCAGAUAUUGCUUCAUUGAAAACCAUGGGUAAUAAAGUUCAUAAAGCUGGA